GGAAGUCGAGCAGCUUUGCAGCAGCCUGGUUUCCGCAAAGGGAGAAUGUCUAGUACUCCAGUAGCUGUGGUGACUGGAUCCAACAAAGGCAUUGGGCUGGCCAUCGUGCGGGCUCUAUGCAAGAAGUUCACUGGGGAUGUUUACCUGACAGCUCGGGACAUCCAACGGGGCAAGGAGGCAGUGGCCAAGCUUCAAGAAGAAGGGCUGAAGCCACAGUUCCACCAGCUGGACAUCACUGAUCUGCAGAGUAUUCAAACCCUCCGUGAUUUCUUGAAGGAGAAGUAUGGAGGAUUAAAUGUGCUGGUCAACAAUGCAGGGAUUGCUUUCAAAGUUGCAGAUACAACUCCAUUUGCUAUACAAGCGGAAGUCACACUGCGAACAAACUUUUUUGCAACGAGGGAUAUUUGCAGAGAAUUGCUACCACUGAUGAAACCUAAUGGCAGAGUGGUGAACGUAUCUAGCAUGUGCGGGGCUUCAGCAUUGUCCCAAUGCAGCCAAGACUUGCAGCAGAAGUUUCGGAGUGACACAAUCACUGAAGAGGAACUAGUGAAACUCAUGGAAAAAUUUGUAGAAGACACCAAGAAAGGAGUGCAUGAGAAGGAGGGUUGGCCAAGUACAGCUUAUGGCAUAUCCAAAACCGGAUUAACGGUUCUGUCCAGAAUUCAGGCAAGGCAGCUGAAUGAGACGAGGAAAGGUGAUGGUAUUCUUCUGAAUGCCUGUUGCCCUGGCUGGGUCAGGACUGACAUGGCAGGUCCCAGAGCCCCAAAAUCUCCUGAUGAGGGAGCUGAGACUCCAGUGUAUUUGGCCCUUUUACCCCCUGGUGCUGAUGGGCCUCACGGCCAGUAUGUUAGUGAAAAGAAAGUGCAGAAGUGGUAGUUGUUCAGCGUACACUGAAUAAUGCAUUUGCAUCGUUACUACUAACUUGAUUACUAGCAGUAAUAAUGCAAAUGCAGACAUGGGCUCUUCCGCUGGGAUCUGCUGUAACAGUCAUGGCAGGCUCCCAUGCAAGGGAAGAAAGUGUUUCAUAAAUGCAUCAUAUUGUCUGUUAAGCGCCUGUGCAAAUAACUAUUUUGGUUUGGUGUGUGCAUGUGGCAGUUUGUGAGCAUCUUUUUGCUACAUUUGCUCUUCCCCAGAUUUGGGAAGCUGACUUGGCUUAAUAUGUAUUUUCCAGCUAUUUUGAAUUAUUUUUGUUUCACAAUGUGUGAAAACCAUUUGCUUUUUGAAUUUUAAAAUGUGUAUACAUGAUUUUCUCUCUUGUGUAAGGCUGUUUUAUUUAAUACAGAAAUCAAGGCAUUACAGCCUUUGCUGCAAAUAUGAAUGCAUGAAAUCAGUAAAAUGGACAUGAUGGCUUAGCAAAUUUAAUUUGGGCUGCUGUUGUGGGGAGGGUGCACGUGGGCUGUAUAAAGAGAACCAAUUUGCACUCUUAAACCCCUAGAAAUAAUUCACUCCACUGUUAGCAUGAUGGGACAUAUCCUCCAAGAUCAGGAAAACACGAAGAAUCAUUAUACAUUGUAUAAUUGUUAGAAAAUAAAAGUUGAGUAUUUUCUCUGUUAAAGGAUCUCUUAACACCCGUACAAAUUAAACUGAAACUAAUAUUCAUGGAUCUUUGUUUUUGAUUAAUAAAAAUGUCUUCUAAACAAUAUACAUGCAUGCAAUUUUCAUAUGUUUGAUGAUAAAGCACAUAUUUAAAAAUAAAAGGCUUGACCAUGUUUA